AUGGCCGUCCUCCCAGAGUACCACCUCGCCAGCUGGGUCCCCGACGCCGUCGAGUUCACCUCGAUAGCAGCGCAGUCCGCGCCAUACCUGGAGAAAUACCGCGCGCUCGCCAAGGAACUCAACGUGGCCAUUGUUCCGGGAACCCUCCUGGAACCCGAAACGUCUUCCGGCAGCGGCCUUGCCAACGUCGCCUACUUCAUUGGAACGGAUGGUGCCAUCCUGGGCCGCUAUCAGAAGAAGAAUCUCUGGCACCCUGAGCGGCCGCACCUCGCGGCGGACAUAGAGACCCCGCACACGGCAUUCGAUACGCCGUGGGGUAGGAUGGGGAUGCUGAUCUGCUGGGACAUCGCGUUCCCCGAAGCGUACAAGGCGCUCGUCGCGGAUGGCGCGAGGGUGAUAAUCAGUCCGUCGUUCUGGUUGGCCGACGAUGGCGGCGAGGGCUCGGAUCUGAAUCCGAAUUGCGAAAAGAUGUUUUUGGACAAUGUCUGUAUUACGAGGGCGUUUGAGAAUACUGCCGCGAUAGUGUACGUCAAUAGCGGUGCGCCAAAGGGUAGUACGGAUGGCAAGGAUGGCAGGGGGAAUACGUUCUGCGGUGUGAGCCAGGUUGCCGUCCCGAUUGUCGGGAGACUUGGAGGCGGGGAGUCGAUGGGGCCGGCAGAGGAGAUGAGGAUUUUCGAGGUUGACAUGGGAUUGUUAGACAUGGCAGAGGGUGUGUACAAGGUUAGGGGGGACAUGGCGAGGGAGGGAUGGCAUUACGGGCCGUAUCGUUCAGCAUGA